AUGGUAACGAACUGCUGGCAUACAGAGAGAUGUCUGACGACGGAGGGUCUGUACCGGGUCUGCGGCAACAAGACGGACCAGGACAACUUGCAGAAACAAUUCGAUCAAGAUCACAGCAUCGACUUCAUGGCCAUGGACGUGGCGGUGAACGCCGUCGCCGGAGCGCUGAAGGCCUUCUUUGCUGACCUGCCCGACCCGCUGAUCCCGUACAGCCUGCACCCGGAGCUGCUGGAGGCUUCAAAAAUCGUGGACUACAUCGAGCGCGUUCAGGUCCUACGAGAGAUUGUGAAGAAGUUCCCCUCUGUCAACUACCAGGUCUUCAAAUACAUCAUCACACACUUGAACAGGGUGAGCCAGCACAGCAAGACCACCCUGAUGACGGCGGACAACCUGUCCAUCUGCUUCUGGCCCACCCUCAUGCGUCCCGACUUCGAGAACAAGGACACGCUGUCCACCACCAAGCUGAACCAGGCGGUCAUCGAGGCCUUCAUCGUGCAGAGCGACUACUUCUUCCACGGCGGCGAGGUGGCCGACAGCCCGCGCAGCGAGGGGACGCCGCCGCAGCACUGCCACAGCAUGGUGGAGGCUCUGCUGCCGCUGCAGCUGCCCCCGCCCCUGCAGCCGCAGCAGAUCCAGCACGCCCUGCCCCCCGACCCCCUCAUCUAGGACGUGGGCCGAGGCCCCGCCCCCAUGAGCCGGAGCUGCUGCUCAACUUCCACUCUUUGAGUUUUUAGGUUUUACAGACUCGCCUGUCGGGUCCAGACCCGGGAGCAGAAUCCUGGAUUAGAGAUUAAAAAUUGCACGUUUUUGAAACUGUUUGUAGAAAAGAGCAGAGUUAAUUUGGCACAUAACACUAACCGUUCAGCAGGGUCCAGCAGAACCUCUGAGGAGCACACCACCCCCCACCCCACCCCAAGAGAAAAGGGAAACUGCUCUGACCCACCUGGUUCUGGUCCUCACAGUUCUGACGGUCUGAGGGACUCCUGAGUCUUCCUGCAGGGUUCUGACUCCAGCUCCACUAAAACUGACGCUCAGCUGCUUGAAGCUUCUUUUGUUUUUCUUCAUUUGGAGGUGGACGACGGAGCUGUGGUUCUGGAUACUAAAUGACAGAACCAGAACCGGUACCCCACUCCCACUACAUGAACCUAAAGGACCCCCCUCCCCCUAAAGGACAGGACGAGAUGAGUCAGUGGUCCACGUGGUGAUUUCAUGUCUGUUUUAUCAUCAUUUCUUUUUUUUUAUGUCUUUUGUAACAUUUGAUGUGUGUGUGUGUGAGUGUGUGUGUGUGUGUGUCCUGACCUGUGGUCUGCAGGGGGCGGGGCUUCAGAAGGGAAAAUGAGCGUAGAGAAGCAGAUGAACGUGUUUUUACUCUUUUACUGAAGACAGAAACUCCUCAGAGGUGACUGAAGUCAAAAGGUUUAGAUAAAAUAAAUCGUCCUUCGUUUGUUUUAUAAAUUCUGUUGAAACAAACUUCAUCAGCAGCG